GCGCAGCAAACAGCGACCACGGUCACCACACGCUCCUUCCCUAUCACUACUAGUGCUGGCGUCUCCAGCUCUCCUUGUAACCGCUGAUCCUCCAUUUCAGACGGUUUGUCCUCUCCUUCCGAAUCCUCAACCUGUUCUCCAAAGUCGCAGGCCGCACCAAACUCUGACGCUCAUUCACCAUGUCCCGCCCACUGACAACCACCUACGGUGAUUUCUCGACUUCCCAAGUCUCGGCAGCUACCCGCCAUGAAGCAGCAAAGAGCUCUUAUGACGACCUCAUUGACCAGUACGCUGCUCCCUACUCGAGAAAUUCCCGUCACCAGACCUUCACCGUUCAAACUCCUUCAUCCAACCCAAGAGAUCCAUCCGAGUCGUUCGACCACAAACCAUCUUACUCUAUCGGCAAAAGCUUGGAUGAUGAUAAGGAGGAUUUCCCUGCCUCAUCUUACCCACCAACAACACUCCCUGCCGAAACAGAUGCGGAGAAGCAGAACGUGUGGAGUAAACUCAUACCAGAUUCAUGGGCAUGUAGGCUGUUCGUGAUCACAGUCAUUGUUGAGACCAUCAUCGAUUUGGCCAUUGAAGGCGACCUACUCGUCCGGUUGCAGACAGGGCAAGAGGAUGGUUUGCUAUCCCAGACUGAUCAAACACAAGCCGCGGAAAAAAUGCCUGUGUAUCUGAGUAUCUUUGCUCUAGCCCACGUGUUUCAGCUUGUGAUGGCUGUUGACGCUGUGUACGCCCGAAACACAUUGCAAUUUAUCUGCCUCACGGUUUUCAAUCUGCUGUUCCUCCUAUAUGCUGUCAUUCAGAUCGGAGAAAUACAAGACUAUACAACCUCGACUAGUGGCUUCCUUCACAUAUCUGUCAAAGUUCUCACCACCGUGAUUCCAUGCGUUAUUUCUGCCGCGGAAAUAGCAUACAUUGCCCUCGGAUGGAAGAUUUACAAUGAGUUCGGCUGGAAGGUAUACAAGUUCCUUGGAGCGGACCGACGGAUCAAGAAAAUGUUCGCCAGCUACCAAAUCUUCAUCUGCUUGAUCAAGUUCGACGUCUUCCUCUGGGUUGGCUUCUGCGUACAGUUCAUCUGGCUCGUUCUCACGAAGCACACUUGGGAGUAUUACCUUACGUGUGCUGCCCUCCCCCUUUCUGUUGUACUACUGGUCGAAGGACAUCUUGCGGUCCGCCAUGAAAACAAGCUGAUGAUGUGGACUUUCCUCUCUGGCUGCGGAGCUGCUUUGGUCUAUUUCGUAUACAAGCUCAUCAAAGUGCUCGUAUUGCGCAAGACCACUAGUUAUGUGAACGUGUGGGAGUCAUUAGCAACCUUUUCCAUUAUUGCCAUAAUCCUCUUAAUUGUGACGAUAGUGUUCAGCGUUAUCGUGAUGCGAAACUUCGGCAAAGGCUUGAAGGCGUCGAUGACACGGGGCAAGACGCAUGCACGGACCCAGGGAUCACAACACCUUGGGCGGGCAACCAUGAGCAUGAACCUCAACCGAAUGAGUAUCGAAUGAGUGUUUUGUGCGGACUUUUUAUGUAUCACGUACCCCCGGGGCCUCUACUUUUCCAUCUUUCACCCCACAUACAUCUUUAGCAUAUCCACAUAAGGCCUUCAUAUCUUUCUUCCCAUUUCUGACUUAUACAUAUACGUAUAGCCUAUAUUCGUCGCUUGCGCGCGUCUUUGGACAUGUCAGCCCUGGUUCCUCGGCGCUCGUUCUUCUCUUCAUGCUCCAUAACUGGCUUCAUGGCGCUUACCUUUGCACCCGCCUGGUGUUCAUAUAAUUUUGUUUCAUUCAGUGUAUUAUUAGACCAUAGGACUAGGAAUUUAUCAGCAAG